AUGCCCGGGGCUACGAAAUGCCGCCGUCGCCGCCACGUGCUGUCUACCUUGGUCUUCUUUCUAGUCCUCACUUCGGCGCGGACGUCCCGCUUGGAAAGCGAUAGAGACGCCGCCUUCCAAAGCAAAGCCAAAGGUCCCCAAGGGCCGAUCCACGGGGAUCGGAAAACGCUGCUCGACUUGCUGCUCAAAGCUCUGGUGGACAGCAGCAGCUCCCAGGCAGCCUCUCACCCUUUCAGGGCGGAACGGGUCAUCGCUCGGCGCUUCGCCAACGGCGGCGCUCUUUAUUCCUCGGAGGCUCUGGACCGCGAAGCCAAAGUCAGCUCUUCCUUGACCUCCAGGGAGAGAACGCCCAGGUUCUUGACUGCUUCCAGACAUUCAGAGGUAUUUCCAAGAGAUUCCAGUUUAAAAGACAAAUUCAUCAAACACUUUACAGGUCCUGUCACAUUUUCCGCUGAAUGUAGUAAACAUUUCCAUCGUCUAUAUCAUAAUACCCGGGACUGUUCAACACCAGCUUACUUUAAAAGAUGUGCAAGAUUGCUGACAAGGUUGGCAAUGAGUCCACUCUGCACACAAUCAUAG